GUACCCAUAACUUAGUAGACCGAAAAACAAUUUGAAAUUUUGGAAAAUUCACAAAAACACACACAUUGUAAAAACUAAUUCUAAUUUCUUGGCCAAAACAUAAUCGCUGCCGAUGCUUGGUAAUAAGCCAGCGGAAGAGGAGGAACCUCCGCCGCUUGAGACGCGCACACCCGCAACCCAAUCCUCGAGGCAAUUGAAAACAGAGAACAGUACUCAUGAAUCAGAGGAACAGUUAGCCGGUCACCGCGUGAACAAUGCUGGACUGUACACCGCCACCUUUUACAGCAACAUCGGAUCCUUUUUCUUCGGGAUCGCUAUGGGCUGGUCUGGCGGGGCUGAGAGAUCGGUGAUGGAGCGAAGCUCUUACGGCUUCACUCCCUCGAAGGUGCAGUGGAACUACAUCUGCAUACUGCUCACCCUGGGAGCGAUGGUGUGGUGCCUGCCCACUGGUUUCCUUUUGCGGUUCUGCGGCUGCAAGCGGACGAUCCUAGCGCAGCUUCUCCCGAACACCCUGGGCUGGUGCCUCACCACCUGGGCCCAGAGCAUUUCGAUGCUGUACGCCGGUCACUUCAUCCUUGGCAUGUGCGGAGGAGCCCACUGCGUGGCAGUGCCGAUCUACAGCGCCGAGAUCAGUUCCGUAAGGAAUCGCGGCAUCAUGGGCGCCUGCUUCUAUGGAGCCUGCAUGGUCGGCGUGUUCUACAGCUUUCUGAUGAGCACUUUCCUGGAAAUUAAGAUCGUUAACUUCCUCAAUCUGGUCCUGCUUCUGCUUGGCCUUUUGCAGUUACUGAUGCCAGAGUCACCGGCUUAUUACGUGAAGCGGGGGAAGAUGGAGCACGCGGAGAACAGUCUACGGUUUCUGCGAGGCAAAAACCACGAUGUAAGCAAGGAGAUGGCCCGUCUGACGAGGGAUCCUUCGAGCAGCGUGCACGAUCAGCACCACAGUCCGGAGCAAGGUUUCAAGGAGGUCAGAACGAAACUCGCCCGGGUUCUGGUGCUGGCCGUGCUCCAUAAGCUGAGCGGCGGCUUCAUCGUCAUCGUAUACGGCCACCGGUUGCUGGCAUGCCAAAUGCUGUCACGUACGCUGGCCAUAGGACUGGGCGCGUCCGGUGUCGUGGGGUUCCUGGUGUGCCUGUUCCUUGUAGAGCGAGUGGGCCGAAAACCUCUGAUGAUUGUCAUGUCAGCCAUCAUGUUCUUCGCCACGAUCAUGCUAGGCAUCGGCUUUAAGCUGUAUUUGGACAACGGGGGGGAAAUAAUUCGAUGGGUUAUGUAUUUCUGCUUGGUCGUGUUUGUGAGUGCCUACACGGUCGGACUCGGGACCCUCACCUGGCUGCUCACCGUGGAGCUGUUCCUGCCGCCCAUGCGGCCGCUGUGCUGCUCUCUAGCCGCUACGGUUAGCUGGCUGACCGCCUCCUUUGCCAUCUACUGGUACUCCUACCUUAAUAAGGUCUGCCGGCCAUAUCCAUUCCUAAUCUAUGCUAUCCUUGCCGUGUGCAGUUUGCUCUUCACGCUGGCCUACAUGCCGGAGACUAAGAGGAUCUCCGAAUAUAGGAUCCAGCAACGAAUGCAGAACAAGAACCCCCCGGCCCCCCGAAACAGCGAAGAGACGGAGCCUUAGGAUUCUUUGAUUCACCUUAUAACCCAAAUCGUAUUUGUAUUAUAAAAUAAAACCUAGAGUGCUUUUGUUAACACA